AUUGUUUCUUUUUCAUUUCAACACACUGUAAAAGUUGAAAUAGUUUAGCACGAUAGGUCUUGUCAGUUCAGUUGUUGUUGAUUUGUGAAAGCGCCAAUGAUUUGUUCGCACUUCCGACCUUGUCUUACAAGACGGCUCUACAUAAUGCACUUCAUACCAGCACAAACUCGUGUCUGCUCAGAUAUUUAGCUAGCUAGCGGUCUGUCUCAUCAGUCAAAAAUGCAUGUACUGCUUCUGAAAGAACCAAGAGAGGGAGGCUCUGGAUCUGAUCCUUACAUCAAGGAGCUGGCGUCACAUGGACACAAGGCAACCUUAAUUCCUGUUUUGUCUUUUAAAUUUGUGUCUUUAAACGUCUUGUCAGACAAGCUUUUUAGACCGGAUAAACAUGGUGGACUCAUUUUCACAAGUCCAAGAGCGGUGGAGGCUGUCAAAAUGUGUCUAGAAGAACAUGGCCAGAUGGAAGAAUGGAACAGUAACAUGAGAGACAAAUGGAAUGCCAAGUCCGUAUAUGUUGUUGGGAAGGCUACAGCAGCCUUAGUGGAAAAUCUGGGUCUUAUUCCCCUGGGAGAGGAUACCGGGACUGCAGAUGUUCUGUCAAGGCUCAUUAUUGAAAGAGAGGACACCAGUAUCUUACCGCUUUUCUUCCCCUGUGGUUCCAUUAAAAGAGAGGUUUUGCCUACAGCUCUAAAAAAAAAUGGAGUGCCUCUGGAAACACUUACGGUCUACCAGACAGUUCAACAUCCAGACUUGGAGAAGAACUUGAAGAACCAUUUCACAGAGCAGGGUGUUCCAGCCAGCGUAGCUUUCUUCAGUCCAUCGGGAGUCAAGUUCUGCCUGGAAACUGUGAGAAGACUGUCAGGUGAAAGAUUGAACCAGAUAAAAUUUGCAGCUAUCGGGCCCACAACAGCGGAUGCCAUGAUCGAAGCGGGAUUGUCAGUCAGCUGCUCAGCAGAGAAACCAACAGCUGAACACUUAGCCACAGGGAUAGCAAAGGCUUUGCAGUGAGCCGGACGCACUGACAUAAACAGACAUUAUGGAUUUCCGUCCAAACUGAAAACCUGAUCCAUCCCUAUCACUUUCUCAUUCAGCUUGGUGUUAUUGCUUUAGGGAUUGCUCAUGAAAUAAUCUUCUGUUUGUAGCUUUUUUUCGUUUGUUUAUAUGGUCCCUGUUAUCUUGUGUUUAUUUAAAUAUUGAAAUGUGUUGUUAUUCAGCACAGAGAAAUAUAAUGCUCUGUGUUAAAACUAAAUGUAUCAGAUCAUGCACUUAUGAACUUGUGAAUAUACUAAGCGGAUAUGGAGUAAAAUGGAAGCAUGUAAAUAAUAUAAAUGCAUCAAUAAAUGUAGUUACACAUUGCAUCAUUUAAGAUAAUACAGCACGAUUAUUUUAAAUAAAUGAUGAAUAGUUGAGUUAAUGGCUCAGACA